CCAUCGCGCGGUCAUCUGAGGCUUCUACGAAUGGCAGACGACACGACUUCAGCCAAAAAGGGCCGUGGUGGGUUUCGCGAACGUGCUGGCCGCCCUAAAGGCUCAAAAAACAAGCCUAAAUCGAAACCUACCGUCUCAGCGCCAUCAGCACCACCUCCACCUCCCCUGCCGACCUCUUUGAGCUCGACUCUGCCACAAUCCACUGCCAAACGAAAGGCUCCCACCAAACUUCUCACCGGCUUCAAGACUGCCAUGCGUGGCAUCGCGAACUUCUGGCAAACAAGUGCACCGCAAGGAAAUGACGAGAUGGAUGCUGAGAGCAAUCCAGACGAUUCAACCAAUGUUCCAGCCCACAACGCAAUCGCACGCAUUCACGAAGACCUGCAUGCCGCCGAUACACCAAAACUGGUGUCUGAACGCAUCUACAACGAGGUUCUCGACAACCAAGAGGAGGGGGAUGAUGGAGCUGCGUUGUUGGAUGAUGAGAAUGAUGGGGGUGACGAGGACGAUGAGGACGGGUUAGAGGCGGAGCAGGAUGAAGCAGAAGUUGCUGUAGACUCUGUGAACGAGCAGUGGCUGCAAUCGACGCUUGAAAAACUCAAGAAGGAGACUGCCGACAACCAUUCACCACAAGUCUACCGUGAUGAACAACUGUGGAUUUAUCCAAAAGAUCCCAUUUUCGCAUUACGAAAGGCCGCGACAACUGAGAUAUAUGCUCCCGAUGCAUUGUAUCGCCUUCCGAUUUUCGUUUGGCUUCCGGACUACCUCCCUGGCCGUCCAGACCACUUUACCUGUGAAUGUGGGGAGUUUCUGAAUAAGCAUAGCUGGAACACAAAGCCAAUUGCACGUCGUGUCUGUACAACGUCUGGCUCCGACUAUUUCCUCCUUACCAAGCGCCAUUACUGCCCUCAUCGUGAAGGAAACACCCGGGGCUGCGGCAAGACGUACCAGGGCAGUGAUCCAUGGAUUCUGGGUCAACUGCCAAAGUUUGUUCAGGACCGCUUCCCUGUUGUUAUAAGCCACCGUUCAGCCAUUGACCGUUCGCAAAUGGAUAUGAUGAAAAUCAUGUUUGCGGGUCGGUUCGGCCCGGAUCCAUUUUCGAAAAUGGUGCGUGAGCUAAAGUACCUCCAGCAUAGCCGCCUCGAGUCUAUGUACCUCCAUGCUGCUCUCCAUUAUGGACUACGUGGCCCACGUAUUCCUCCAUUCUCUCCCUUCCGUGACGCCCUGGGCUUUGCUGGGUAUGCGCCUUCCACAAAGUACCUCAAGAGUAUUUUUAUUGCGUGGUUCUCAUCUUGCCGCUUGUACAUGGACCGUAUCAUGUCUUCGCUCUCUGCAACAAUCAUUAAAGCUGACCACACCUUUAAAACUGUCGACCACCAAGGCCGGCUUCCAGGUGGAGAACCAAUCCAUACAGCUUUGUAUGAUGCUGUCAACACUGAUGAGGAAGUCCGCUUCUAUGGCCUCACAUUGACACAAGGUUUUGCACCAUUGGAAGAGAUGUAUGACCGUCUCAAGAAUGAGCUUCCCCGCCAUGGGCAUAAGCCAACGGAGCUAUUGUACUGUGAUAACCCGCGGGCUGAACGAGCAUGGCAUGAACGCAUAACUCCAUCGCUCAAACACAAUGUUGAGCACAUUAUUAUUGACCCUUUUCGUGAUCUUCCAGCAUUUGCGACAUCAAUGGAGCCUGUUUAUGCCAGCUCGCCAGACCGGAUUGACACACUCUGUGAUGAGAUUAUCCGUUCUCUCCCACCAAGUGACUCUAUUUACCUUGCACUCUCACUUGAGUUGGAAAAUAACCACAUUCGCACUAUUCUUAUCCGUACUCAAUCUCGAAUCUUGGUUCUUGAUGCCGUACUUCUUCUGCGGCCUCCUCCCUCCCUCAUUUCAGUCCUUACCCAUCCUCGUAUUGUCAAAUUUGGCCAUGGUAUUACUGUCUCUACGCAGCGCCUAAUGUCAACCUGGACUAUAACCAUCCCAUCAUCAACUCUUGUCGAUCUUGGUAAACUUGCUAAAUUAAAGGGAGUCGCAACUGAUCCAAACUGCUCACUUCCAACAUUGUGUGGUGCUGUUCUCAAACAGCGACUUGAUCAACCACUUCCUCCCCCAACCUCACGGACUGCUGAACUUGCUGCCCAAGUCGAUUGUGCAUGGUCUAUACAAUGCUCAUUGAUGAUGCUUGGGUCUGUCGGUAUUCUGCUCCAGCCUGCUCAGUUACGUGCAGGCCAGCCGGUCGCACUUGUUAUCAGCAACAAGACACUGGCAUGGGGAGAACUUGCUUCGCACAAUGGGCAGCUUGUCGUACCAAAUACUGUGGGAGUGGUAAAGGUGACCAAGAUGUACUCGGUCAUCAAGCUUAUAAAGCUGUUUGUGCCUGGCUACAUUAUUGCUAAGCAUCACCAGACACUCGAGUGGCUGAGCAUUAAUGGUGGCUAUGCGGUUGUCCAGACACGUACACUUCACAGUCGCGCGGUCGACCCUCCUCAUCCUGCUACCGAGCCAUCAUCAGACCCUGAUUUGGGCAUUCCUGCACCAAUUACCAUUCCAUCAGUUGCUGAACAGCUUGCGUCUGAGGCACCAACACGUCGGGACGAGGUUUUGGCUGCUAUUGAAAAUGAGCAGAUGGUUGUCGAGCAUGUUGAAGAAGAAGAUACCGACAAUGAUGAUCUCAUGGGCUCUUUACCCGAAGUGACUGCUGAUAAUCUUGAACAAAUGCUGCGGGACUCAAUUCAACACGCCCAAGAUAUCAUCAAUCAGCCUCAUACGUCCCAGACACUUGCCAGCCGAAUCCUCGACGACGCAUACCAUUUUAUGGAUCGUUUACUCCGUCUGCUUUCAAAAAAGCAUCCAGCCUUCAAGGAAUUUGCCCACCUCUUCAGCGAGACUAUCUUUAUCCGUGACGCUGAGGACGAGGCAAAAGUACGUGCAAUUUUGGCAAAAAAGGGUAUCAGUUGGGAGUAUGCGAUUCGUGCACGAAAAGCAGCCCUUCAUCGACGCAUUCGACGAUACAUCCCAUCACCAGAAAAGCUGGUGCGCGAUCUGCUUGUUCUUUUUGCCUGCUUCCAGGAUGUUCGUGAUGCCGACGGCAAACCAUUUUUCUCCAAAGAUGCUCAGAAACAAGCUGCAGCACUUAUCGAGACUGCUCGACUUGGUUUUCUCUCCGACCUGCCUGGUCUUGCACUUUAUUACUGGAUUGGCCGUGACAAGGAUGGUUUGAACCUCUAUCGGACUGUUCGCGGGACCAAUUCAGUUGAGGGUGGUGUUCACAAGCAGAUUCGGCGUAUUUUUGGCUCACUUCAUGCAUCUCUUGCACUCACUGAAGCAAUCCUAGCCAAUUGGUUCAUGCGCAGAAACCGACGGAUUGGGCAUUACAAUCGUACUGGAACACGCUGGAAUAACCAUUUUGACAUUUGGCUCCUGGACGAUAUUGUGGAAACUGCCAUCAGACUUGAGGUCAAGCCAACCUUCCCUGAGCCGAAGCUGCUUGCGACACGAAUUGCAACCUCAGAAACAUUUGGCAUCAUCCCCAUUACUGCCGCCAUCGCCAAUGAACAUGAAAUUCCAAUCCUACCCCCGGUCAAUGUGCUUGCAGCAUCACAUCACAACGACACACCCUCCUUCGCGCUCACUCAACUUUCUACAAAGCCUGUCAACCUUUAUCGGUACCUCCAAACACGCCAACGUACCACUGCUGCCGUUGUCCCAGUCCAUACUCGCCGCGAGUUCGAAUUCUUCAUUGAAAACAUUGCUUCGUUCAUUCCCUCCAACACACCUACAUCCCCAGAGCAGAUCUACAAGGCUACAGACUAUGCAGCGUUGGCAAAGUUCUGGAACCGACGUGUUGUUACCCAGCCACCAACAGAGCUUGCUGCUGAGAAACGACUGUACUUCAAGCUGCCGGAGCAACUUGAACGCCACCAUAAAAAGUCGCUCCAGUGGAAGAUGACUCGUGCAACACUGCAUUUGGGCGAGAAUGUCACUGCCCUUCAGCCCAUCCACGAGCUGCUCAGUGACCCAGCACGCAAAGCAGUUGUACUACCUGCUAUCAUGCAUGAGCCAACUGAUUUAGACUUCACAAAGUCUCAAGUCAGUGUGCACGCUCUUGCGUUCAAUCCAACAGUAAUGCGUGCACGAUCAAGCGUUCAACACACCAUUGUUGAUGCGAUAGCUGCUAUGCCCACCAUGGAGCCUCCAACCGUUGAUGCUCAUGAGCCUGAACCCCCACUCGAGCUGCAUCAGACAGUUCUCGCUUUUGAAUCGCCACCACCACUGGAUGAUGACUACGACUGGAUGGAGGAGGCACGCCUUACCAAGAAGGCUCGCACGGAGGUGAAGGCAGCAAGUUCUGCUCCAGUGAAGAGACAGAAACGCCGUUGCGCUCCUUGCGCUGCCGCUCGAUGUGGCUAUGAGUACAAUUGUCGAGGAAAAGGAAGGGGAAGGGAGGGUUGUGAGCAUUUCAUGCGUGCGGACCAUCGCGAGCUUGGGACUGAUGCGGCGACACGUAAACGAUAUCGCGCACGUAGAGCUUGA